UAUCCAGGUCUCUAAUUUCUAUAUAUAUAUGGAGUGAGUACCUGCUGUACUACAUCGGAUAGCAAACAGGCAUAUGCAUCUCGAUGAGUCAGUUAUAACCCCUCAUCACACCACGAGGCACUAGAAGAGAUAAAUAACCUGGAAGAAGCACACAUACCGUAAGAAAAAUCAGAACAAGUAUUCAACAAAAUGUCCGUCCAGUCUGUCUCCAUCUCAUCCUCUCACACAUUCAGCAAACCACCCGUCAGCGCCAUCACGCUGGUCACCAACCGCGGCGUCCAGGGCGACUGCCACUUCGGUGAGACGGUCCAGCACCAGUCCAGACUGCACAUCAAACCGGCGCCGACGAAUCUGCGCCAGGUGCAUCUCAUCCCCAUCGAGACGCUGGAGAAGAUCGACCAGGCGGCGGGGAAGGUGGUCGCGGGCUCGUUGGGCGAGAACAUCACCACGCGGGGCCUCGAUCUCGUUCACUUGAGUCGCGGCACGGAGCUGCACUUCAAAACUACCACGAGCAAUCAAGUAGCCGCCGUCGUCGUGCUCACCGGGCUGCGGAACCCGUGUCCGCAGAUCGACAAGUUCCAGACCGGGCUGAAGGAACGGUUCGUCGUGCGCGACGCCCAGCGCAACAUCAUCGGCAGGCUGGCCGGUGUCAUGGGUGUCGUCAAGCAGGGUGGGAUCGUCACGCCGGGCAUGAAGAUUGUGGUUGUCAAGCCGGCUGUCGAGGAGAAGCUUGAGGUUGUCUGAAGUUUUCUUUUUUCUUCAAGAAAAAAAAAAAAAAAAAAAAAAA